CGACAACCCGCGGGGAGAAGAAUCCGAUCCUUCGCAUCUCAGCGUCUCGAACCAGCAAAUGAGAGCCUCAGUUUGUUUACCGAAGCGCUGUCACUGAUGUCAGGCUGCCUGCGCGCCCAGGAACCGAGCCUCCCAUUCGGCCAGCGAGAGGUCGAAAUUAGCCGCCGAGUUCAAUACCCCGUCCUUCAUGCACCACGAUCCCUGUUCUUCACACUACUGUGAGCCUCUCAUAGCUCAGAUCCUUGACGCCUUUGUGCAGUCCCUCCUGCUGAAGUUUUCGACACCAUGGAGGUCGGUUGGAAGGAGGGGUAUAUGUCACUGCGGUCUUGCUGGUGAUGGUGGUUGUGAUGUCCUUUCUUCUCGGUUCUUCACCAACCUCAAAUCAAAUCAAUGGUUUUCGGGAGAAUUGGGUUCCAUCUCGAUUGAAAGGGCAUCAUGAGUCAAUUUCAACUCUUCCCUCCUGCUUCUCCGGCCAAAGUCGCCAAGAAUCCGUUUCGACGGGGAAACAAGAAGCCUAUCGCGAACCCCGUGUCUGGGGCUUCGAUCCCUCUGGAUGAAUUUAAUGGGAAGGACAGCGGAGCUGAAGCCGUGUUCGUUGCAAUUACUGAAGGCAAGAAUAACGUCUCGCCGCCUCCUGAAACCCAGAUUUCUCGCCCAGUGACCGCGUUUACUCCUGAAUCCGUACAUGCGCCCCGGCCAUCAGGGUCGCAACCCAGACCGAGUCAACAAGACAAACCACGACAUGAUGUCCCGUCAUUUGAAGACUUCAAAUCAGUGACACAUAGCGAAGACGAUGUGUCCUCCUACUCUCAGAAGACUUUGCCGAAACCAGGCUCCCCAGGGAACCCUAUACGGUCGAUGUUUCCACGCUAUAAUCCAGAUCUGCCGCUCAAUCAGCAACAGUACUAUCCGCAGACUGUGAAUAGGCCCACUCGGUCAACUUCAAGACCCAAAAACCUUACGCUCUCGCCAGCGUCGGAAAUCGACCGGAGUCUGGGACCCAAAACGGUUCCUGCGAGUGUGCUGAACUUCCCAAUGAGUAUGCUUGAGCCGGCGGAGGUACAGUACUCUUCUUCGGAAGAACUCAACAGCCUUUGGGAUGCUGCCAAUGGCCAGAGACCACAGAACAUCAAACCGUUCAAUCUUCAUAUGACACGGGCCAAUUCAGCGACGUUUCUAUUCGGCGAUCCAGAACGACCAUUCUACACGAUGCAAACGUUCUCGACCAACGAAAUGUCCGUCACCAGAUCGAACCCAUCGCGCCCAAACAGCAAUAUCCCCGUCAUGAUGUUGAAGAUUGAAGACCGCCAGCGACGCAAACCUCCCAACGACGGGCUCGUAUCGCUGCUUUUUUCCCGGCUGGCCGCAAUGCUAGCCAUCGACCAGGCCGAGGAAUCAGCAAAGGCGCGCAGACUAAACCCCACAGAGGCUGCAGAACUAGAAGCCCACGCGCUCCGGCGUGCAGCAGCCCAGGAGUCCUGCAGACUGUCGUGGAAUUCCGACAAGCAAGUCUACGAACUCUACCACCCGUCGCUCAGCAAGCCCCCGCCCCCGGCUUUGGUCGGCGCAGCUGGAAUUCCCCUCUCGCCCAUGCGAUCGAGGUACGCUGGCAUUCUUCACAUCACCGUUUCGACGCCGUCAAAUGACUCGAAACACCACCAGCAACCACCCGUCAUUCUCGUGACCACCCCACUCCCGGCCAAUUCAGCGGAGACAGGGAACAUGGCGGCGACGCCACGCACGUCGACACUGCCUCUGACAGACGCGGAUGAGCCUCUGGUGUCGCUGGACCUCGGCACCAUGUCUCUUUCCAUCUCGGCCGCCGCGAUCAUCGCGACGGUCCCCUCCCUGUACGCGAUCGACUCGCUGGUGACCGCCAUGUUGGCCGUGGCGAUCUCAGACGAGACGACCAACCCCGUUUUGGCUGACAUGGAGCUGUAUGACCCCCACAAGGCAUCAAAUAUCCAGUCUCCAGCCUCAGAACCAGGCACACUGUACAAAGGAAAGUUAGUCGCAACGCUCGCAGAGCGGGAGGACGCCCUCGAAGGCAGCGACCUCGUGUCCCAGGUGAAAGCUCAACAAUCAGAGAACGCAAGCGGACAAAAGAAGUGGUUUCACCCCUGGAGCCGGUCAUCGAAACCCACGAAGCCGCAGCCAAAGAACCAGAAGGUCGUAGUCGAGGAAUUCGACCUGGAAAAAUACGGCCGAUUCGGACAGGGGUCUUCGCGGCAAGGAGAGAAGCUGCCGGGCGUCACGCGGGGCAUUCUACGGAUUCUGUUUUUCGCUUUAGAUUUGAUUGUGCGGGGACUUACUAUGGUUGUUAAGAUUGUCGCGUGGUUGUUGGUUUCUCUCACGAGGUGUUUUACGAGUGAGAAAUUCUAAUAUGUGGAUUGGCUGGUGGGUUGGUUUCCAUGCCUGCCAUGCCUGCCCUGGCGGCGAUGAUGCUGUCGCGUACGAGGUUUGACGAUUGUUUACGAUUAUGAUGUUUAUUUGGACUUACGCCUUUUGUAAUGUUGGGUCGGACGGAGUUUGUGCGGGCCACAUACUGUUGACCGGCUAUGAGAUAUCCAGCAA